AUGAUCAUGUUCAAAGUAUUUCUUUGUCAACUAUUUUCUGAAAAAUGUCAUUUAAUAUCUCUUCGAUUUGAUAUUAGCAACGAGCUCACAAAUGGUAAGAUUCAUCGAUGUUUAACAUCAAAUUUUUGUCAUUCUUCCAAUUUGAUUCAAUAUCAACUUCCAUCUUGCUGUUUAACCCUUCGUCGUUUACAUAUUCGACUUCGAUAUGCAUGUUUUCUUGAAAAUCUUGUUGAACAUGUACCCAAUCUUGAACAAAUGUCAGUUCAGUUUUAUUCAUCAUUAAUAUUUGAUUUCUCAUGCAGAUCGAAUGUUGAAAGAUUGAACCAAUCAAAUGAAAAUUGGUUUAAUAAAAUACCGAAACUACGAUAUUUUAGUUUAACAACUUGUAUUGAUGAUGAUUUGGAAUUUGUUUAUUUGAAAUGGCUUCUUAACAAUUUAAAUUAUAUUGAAAAACUUCAAGUUCAUCUCAGAAAUAAUAAAUUAAUGGAAAGAAAAUAUCAAAAUAUCUGGAGAUCUGUUAUCGAUGCAAAUUUCAUUCGUCAAUAUUGUUUACCUGAUAGAAUAAUUAAUUUAAUUUAUUUUGAUUUUUACGUUUGUUCACAAUGUCAAUUAUCAUUGAAUGAUAUAGAACAAAUAAUAAAUUCAUUUAAAAUUCAUUCUUUCUUUAUUUCACAUCAAUGGACAAAUGUUAAAUGUUUAUUUGAUCCAAUAACAUCGUGCCAACAUCUUUUAUCUUCUUUCUCUUAUACACUACAACCCUCUGCUAAUCGAAUUAAUCAUUCAUAUAUUUUUAAUUAG